UUGACCCAUGCAGACCAAAGGUAGAAUAGCACCUCCACUUCCAACACCACAAUUUGAUCUAUUGCAAAACCCCUGGAUUCAAUGCUCCUAUGAUCUUCAUAAUGUCACGAACAAGCCAGCAAUUAAGGAACCUUUAAUAUGGAACAGAAUUCUGAACAAAAGAAGGAUGCCUCUUUUUCUAGUUGCCUGAAUUUUCCAAGUUCUUCAGCAAGGUUGCAGCCUAGAAGACACUCAGCCAUUUGGACAAACAAAGAACUAGUCAACUUUUCAGAUCAACCCAUAACCAACUUAAAUGUUAUACAAACAGAAUAUGCUAAGACUUUGCAUUUAAAGAAUAUUACUGUGCCUGACAAUGAUGAAAGGAUAAGUAUUACUACUGAAAAACAAGAAGGAAAAGUCAACUCUGUGACUGCUAACCUAGAUAAAGAAAAGAAUAUUGCAUUCCUUUUAAAUGAAUUGGAUGUUCUAAGGGCAAACAAUAAGAAGCUUCAGGAUCAGCUGUCUGAAAAAGACAAGGAAUUGAAGACACUGAAGCUGGACUUAGAGCUACAAGAGAGUGUAGCAGAAGCCAAGAUUGCAGAAAAGGCUGCAGUUCUAAUAGAAGAAAUUCAUUCCACACAACAUGACCAUGAUGAAGCCAUCAUGGCUAGACUGAAGUUGGCCAGUGAGGAAAAAAGUGAUGUGUGUAAACAAGUAAGGCUACUGGAACAACCUCUCGAAACGCUAGAAAAUAUUAACCCUGAAGAAAAUGACAUGACAUUACAGGAAUUACUGAACAGAAUAAACAAUGCAGACACCGGUAUGGCGAUAUGGAGGACAGGAGCUAUAAUUGUCGAUCGCAUAUAUAGGACCCAGAAACAGAAAAAGAAAAUAACAGCAGAAGAAAUUAAUGCAUUGAUAGAAGAGCGAGAUGCUGCACUAGCUCAAUGCAAACGGCUGGAGCAGGAGCUUCAUCAUAUGAAAGAGCAGAACCAGACUUCUGCAAACAACCCUAGACAUCUGACUGCUAAAAACAAUCAAGAACGUGCUCUGAAGGAAAAAUUGCUUGCUAUGCAACAAGAGAGAGAAGCUGCUAUUCAUCAAUAUAAAAGUCUAGAAGAAGAACUGCAGACUCUUCGUAUUUAUUACAGUUUGCAUCAAGCUCUAUCCCAAGAAGCAAAUCUUAAGGAUCAGUUCAACUCCACACUUACAACAUAUGAAAAAGCUUUGAAAAAUAAAGAUGAUAUUGUCUCCAUGCUCUUUCUUCAAAAUGAGGAGCUGGUGACUCAGCUCCAGCAAAUGGCAGCAGAGAAAACAAGCAUAGAAUUAAAAUUUCAGGAAGCUUCAGAUGCUUUUCAAGAGACCACUGAAAAACUUCAAAAAUUGCAAAGACUGGUGGACGUCCUAAGGAAGAAGAUUGGAGCAGGGUCCAUUAGGAUGGUGAUCUGAUAGAAAGCACCAGUCUAAGGAAGCAUUCACAUCUGGAGACCAGGCUGCUUCAUUCAGUGCUAUGUAAACAUUAAAGCUUUAACUUAGCAAACAGUUGUCAGAAGUGGGACACUCCAACGACAUUCCAAGCUGAGAUAAAAUCAAAUCAUAAAUGUUUAACCACUUGGCUGCUGAGAUCUGAGAUUUAUCCAAAGGUAUUUGGUCAAAUUUACUUUUGUAGCAGAUCUAUUUUGGUACAUUUAGUAAAGCGUGUGGUUGUCUGUGGGAGUCUCUGUUUAAUGGUCAAUUGUUCUUUAUGGAGUUCUUGCUUUUUAUUUCUAAUUUAAUGUACAAAAUACCAUAGAGUGUUUCUAAACUCUUACAUUCUCUGAACUGAAUAGAAAUUUUUAAGAUUGGCAAAAGAUGCUGAA